CGUCGUUAGUUCAGACCGAGUCUUGGAAGAAGUGGCAAGUGUUGUUUGGUGAAGAAAAAUGGGUGAUUCAGCGGAUUCGCGUUAUCAAGCUUGGGAGAGCAACGAAGAGAUCCGGCUGUUUCGGGAAUAUCUGAAGAUUCCUUCGGUGCAUCCGGACGUUGAUUACGAUGGUUGCGUAGAAUUUCUGCGCCGUCAGGCAGCUUCGCUAGAUCUCCCGGUUAAGGUCAUCGAGGUUAACCCUAAGAAGCCGGUUGUGAUCAUCUCGUGGGAAGGUACCGACCCGGCGGCAACCUCGAUUAUCCUCAACUCCCACAUGGACGUGGUUCCGGUGUAUCCGGAGCGGUGGACCUACCCGCCGUUCUCCGCCCACAUGGACGGCGAGGGACGGAUCUACGCCCGGGGUUCGCAGGACAUGAAAUGCGUGGGGAUGCAGUUCUUGGCGGUGGUUCGAGCGUUGAAACGGGACGGAGUCCGGCUCAAGCGGACGCUUCAUGUGAUGUUCGUGCCGGAUGAGGAAACCGGAGGUGUUUUGGGGAUGAAGGAUUUUGUUACGACCGAUCACUUCAAAGCUUUGAACUGCGGGUUCGCAAUUGACGAGGGGUUGGCGUCCGAAAACGAAGUUUUUAAGCUGUUUUACGGGGAACGAUUACGUAGAAAGGUAUUCUUCUACAUCUCGGGAACUCCGGGUCACGGAUCGCUACUGCUGAAGGGAACUGCCGGCGAAAAGGCGCGCAAGCUGCUGGACCGAUUGUACGAUUUUCGCAGCAGCGAAGCGAAGAAGCUGGAAGACAAUCCGGAGCUCACCAUCGGAGACACGACCAUCGUGAAUCUCACGAUGAUGGAGGGUGGAGUCCAGAGCAACGUGGUCCCGCCGGAGCUGAUGAUCUGCACCGACAUCCGGGUAGCGCCAACGGAAGACAUCGACCAGUUCGAGGCACAAAUUGCCCGGUGGUGCGAAGAGUCCGGCGGCGGAAUCCGUGCCGAUUUCGGCGUUAAAGAUGCAGUCGUGGGAGUUACCAAACUGGACGGUACGAAUCCAUUCUGGGGUCCGUUCAAGGCCGCACUGGACGAGCUGGGGCUGAAAAUUAAGCCCCAGAUUAUGCCAGGGGCAACGGACGUUCGGUUUAUCCGGGAGCAGGGCAUUCCGGCGGUUGGAUUUUCGCCGAUGAACAACACGCCGGUGCUGCUGCACGAUCACGACGAGUUCCUGCAGGCGGAUACGUACUUGAAGGGAAUUGAGAUUUACCGGAAGAUUGUGGUGGGGGUUGCGAAUGUUUGAAUAUACAAAUCUUUUUUUUUUGCUUGAAAAUAACUUUUUUUAAACGAUGUCUGGUCGUAAAAACGACAAGAUAACAUUGUGUACUAGACACUUUAUUAUCUUGGUGUCAUGAGAGUUAAUCCACAGAUAAAGCUGAAAGAUAAGAAGAUUUCAAUACUUGUUCAUACUGACUGUCACAACUUAAGAUAGAGAGACCGUCGACGAUGCCAUCCAAGCUAAGAUGCUAAGAUGAACAAUAUUAGACAGUUUUGGAAUUGGUAAAUCGUGUAUUAACCUUCGUAGCAUAGAAACAAUGUUUCCUAACUCCAACAAUAUGUUUUAUUCGUCGACGUGCCUCCCAAGCAGCGAUGCCAUGAAAUGGUCAAGUUCAAUCGCUCAAAACAAACCAAACCAAGUAGCUACAACGCACGAGUUAGAUUAAACGCUCAUGAAAACAAUGUAACAACUUGUUUAUCGCUUGAAAGACCCCUCUAAAUCAGCAAACAAAACUUUGUUCCGUGCCAAUUCCGCAGCUGCUUCAACGAGCAUCGUGGGAAAUUUACGCCUUUCCGGCAAAACUUUCGUUGCAUUUCCUUCACCAACCUGGAUGCAUUUUAAUGUGCAUGUUGCAUGCAUAAGCCACAUCUGGAGGGUUUGAGAGUGGCUAACAAAAAGCUCCUCUUUCGGAGCGGGGUUGCCUGGUGUGGCACGCGAGAAAAGCUUUGUUUCUUUGUUGGCUGCUACUUUUGUUAGAGAGGGUUCCGAAAAAACUCUUUUCUCUGCCUCUAUGAGUGAAUGUGCUUUUGUGUGCUACUUUGUGGGAUUUCUUCGACGUUGAACCUCCUCCCACCUUGGCUUCCUGUGGGAAGUUCUGUUGGGGCGGAAAAGUGAUGAAAAUGAGGAAAUGGUCGUUAAUUUGAGCGAGCGCAUUUAGCCCGUUAUGGUUAAUUUAUACUAAGAAAACCAUUUGCUGGAAAUAAUACAGGAAAAUAGAGAAUAAAAAAUCUAAGAACUAAUUUAUUCAAAACAGUUGAAAAGGAAUUGUAAUUUUCAGUUGAAGUUCAAUUAUUAAAUAAAAGAUUACCAGUAUUGAUCUGUUCACAGUUA